GAGCCUUUCGCAGUGCUGACAGGGCGAAGGCAUCCCUUUUUUUCUUCUUCUUGUCCUUCUUCGGGGCGCUGGGGGAGGAAGGUGGUUUUCCGUCAUCCUCUUUCCUCCCCCUCACCUCUUCGGUAAAUGGCCCUUGAAGAGAGGCAAGGAGCACGGAAACGUGCCGAUCUUCUCGCUAAAGGAACGGUUUUCCCCUAAACGUGGUUGAGAGAUACCUUGUGAGAUUCUGAGAAAAUGGUGCUUCUCUUCUGGCGGCCUCGGUCCCCCCCCCCUCCCCAAGAAAAAUGGGUUGUGAAGACAAAGGAAAUGGAUCCUAUAGAAUCACAACUUUUCAGCAAAUUGUCUCUUCCUGUUGUGGUGCUAUUCUAACAUCCGUUUUGGUGACACCUCUAGAUGUUGUCAAAGUUCGACUACAGGCCCAAAGCAAUCCAAACCUGAAAGGAAAGUCUUUUUUGGAUUCUGAUGGUUUGACUGAUCACAUUUAUCUUUAUGAAAAUGGAACUGGCAAAACCUGGAAUAAGACAUCUGCCCGUUUUACUGGCAUGUUGGAUGCUUUUGCAAAAAUUGUUGAAAGAGAGGGUGUGAAAGCAUUGUGGAGUGGAUUGCCACCCUCACUAGCAGUUUCAGUUCCAACUACAGUAAUUUAUUUUACCUGCUAUGAUCAACUACGUGAUGCCCUCGUUUAUAAAUUAGGAGAUAAUGUCUACAUUCCACUUAUUGCAGGUGCCAUAGCCAGAUUAUUUUCUGCUACUAUAAUAAGUCCAAUUGAAAUGAUUAGAACAAGAAUACAGUCUGGACGAUUGACUUACACACAACUGCUUGCUCGCAUCAGUACAGGUGUGACCCAAAAUGGUUGGCUUUCACUGUGGAAAGGAUGGGGUCCCACUAUCCUUAGAGAUGUGCCAUUCUCAGCACUCUACUGGUACAAUUAUGAAUAUUUCAAGAUGAACUUAUGCAAAAAAUCAAGUUCACAUGAGCCAACAUUUUUUAUCAUCUUCUCAUCAGGAGCAGCAGCCGGUUCUAUUGCAGCUACAUUAACUUUACCAUUUGAUGUAAUAAAAACACAUCGACAGACUGAGCUUUGGGAACUUGAUAUUACACAUUCUCAACAGAAGAAAACUAGAUCAAUAUUGGAAGUAAUGAAGAGAAUUGUGAUUGAAAAUGGAUUUACUGGAUUAUUUACUGGUAUUAUUCCAAGACUGACAAAAAUUGCUCCUGCUUGUGCCAUAAUGAUCAGCACAUAUGAAUAUGGGAAAACUUUCUUUCGUAGUUUAAAUAAAGACAAAGAUAUGAAGAACUAUUAAUGUUGUUUCUGUAAAAUUGAAAUGAUGUCAGUACUUAGUAUGCAUAAAGGUCCACAUAAGCUGUA